AGGUAAAAAAUAGAUUUAAGACAUGCUUUAAGGUGAAAUAUUCACAUUCCUCAAUGAUUGGUCGGGCCUCGCAGUUAAAUCCAAUUCAGAAGAUGCUUCACAGUAUCAUUACAUUAUUGUCUGUGUAAAGCAUUCAACAUUGGACGAGAGAGAGAAGGGGUGUGAGAGAAUGGAGGAAUUGCUCUGUGAUGCAGCAUUGAGAGGGGAUUUAGAAUCGCUACGCGAAAUAAUUGCAAAGAAUAAUUACAUUCUAGAUAAAGUUUUGUUGGGAUGUUUCAAAGGGAAAAAUCCGCUUCACGUGGCUACAUCAACAGGGGAAGCAGAAUUUGUUCUAAAACUUCUGGAAAUUAAACCAAAGCUUGCUGAAGUUAUAGAUGCGGAACUAGGCGCGGCCCUUCACAUAGCGUCCGCUAAUGGGGACUUAAAGAUUGUGGAAGCUUUAGUGGAGUUUAGCCCUGAGAUGUGCAUGGCUCGUGAUCGAGAUGGCAAUAACCCUCUUCAUAUUGCUGCGAUGAAAGGUAAGGUCGACGUAUUGAAAAAGUUGGUUGAAACAUGUCCCCUGGCAGCUCAAGUUAUUUUAGAUCGAGGCGACACCAUUUUACACUUGUGUGUAAAGUAUAACCAGCUUGCGAGUCUCCUACUAUUGCUAGAGAUGAUUAGAGAUCCUGAAUUUGUAAGAUCUAAGGACGCCAAUGGCAAUACCAUAUUACACAUAGCUGUUUUCGGUAAACGUUUUGAGAUUAUCAAACAUGUACUUAUCCGUACCGAAAUUUUUGUGAAUGAAAUAAAUGGAGCUGGGUGGACGGCGAUGGAUCUUUAUUUCUUUGUUCAAAAUCGUUCAGAUCUGGAAGAAGUGGAUGUUCAUAUCAAAAAAGUUCUACGUGCAACUGGUGCUAAAAGACGUGGACAGAUGGCAGUGAUAACUCCGUCUCCAAGGGGAAAAGAAGUAAUGCAAACAUUAAUGGUUGUAUCAUCGUUGUUUGCAACAAUGGCAUUCCAAGUGGGGGUGAACCCUCCAGCCGGUGUUUGGCAAGACGAUUCAGAAGAACACUUAGCCGGAAAAGCUAUACUUGCUUAUAAAUAUCCGAAAUCGUAUUCGUGCUUCUUGUAUUUCAACACGGUAGGAUUCCUUCUGUCUUCGUGUUUAAUCUUAUUUCUCCUAAUGGUUUCUGUGCAACUGCCAAAACGUCGUGGGGGGUGGGUUAUGCUUGUGAUGUCGUUGUUGACGAUUAUGACCACGGCGUUCGCUUAUACGUAUUCCAUCAUUGUUGUCUCGCCGAAGCAUAUGAUUGCCGUAACCAAUACCAUUUUGGUUUCUGUGAUCCUGUGGGCCCUUAUGAUGAUACUUUUGGCCGUACUGUACGUGGCUAACCAUGAGCGUGCGAGGCCAAAGAAGAACAGGGAAACGAUGUUCAAAUUGAAAGGGAUAAAGCUUGAGCCGCCCAUCCGCCCAUAACAAGGACAUGAGUGAAACAGUUCAAUAUCGAUCAGGCCUGAAGAUUUUUGAAAACUUUGGAACUUCUGUGAUAUAUUUUGGGAUUUGUAAUAAAUGACAGACUAUCUCAUCUUUGUAUUUCUUUAAUGUUCUAUCUGUAUAUAGGUUGUAAUCUGUAUUGUAAAAGCAAUGAGUGGAGUAAAGAGAAUUAGAGAGAGAGGGAGAAAUAGAAAUUUUCUCCUUGUAUUUUCAUAUUUGAGUAAAAUCAAUAAAUUCGUGAGUGUGUUUGUUCAA